UAACUUUCAUCUGGCUGGGGCAGAAUGAAGAAGCUCCGAUGGGCAAUGGACGGGGACUUCUGGGAAUUGGACGCCUCCACUCCCCGGACCCUUGAGGGAGCAGCUCGUGCAGUACCAGGAAAGGCUUUACCGCUGGGAGUGUCAAGGGGCACAAGACUUUCCAGGCCCAAGCAGAUCGACUUUAUGCAGCGCUUCAUGGCCGCCCCUUUUCUUCCCUCCUAUUCCAAUCACCUUGGCGUGACUAUUCAGCGAGUCUUCACCAUUCCUUUUACUGACAAUUGGUUCGGUAUUUUGCUGGGGCAGUUCAACCUGCGCAAGUUUUUGUCCUCUUUUCAGGGGAGUGGUGGAGCUACGCCUAGGCAUAUGCUUGACCUGAAAUCCAUUGGGAGGCUUCUUUUUGACAAGUCCUUGUAUGCUCUUGGCUUCUCUUCUGAGCUCUUAUUAACCUCUGAUGACACUCUGCUUCUCACCUCUGAUUCCUAUUAUGCUAACAACACCCCUCCCAGGAAGAAAGCAGUUUUCCAUCAUAAGUUUCCACAUCAUAAUUUGACGCUAGAUGUAGCUUGGCCUGCUCUCUUUGUGGACAAAGAGACCGGUAAUUACUGGGAUGUCCCCUUCUCCAUGGCACUUGAUUUGGCUUCUCUACCUUCUGAUUCUGGUCCAAGUUAUCAUCUGUGCUUGCACCACAAUCAUGGCUCACCAAAGCAAUUUGGAGAUGGUCACAUGGCUAAAAUCCCUAUUUCUAUACUUCCUGGUUUUUCUGUCAAAGGCGCCUUUUCUUACAAGAAGAAUGUUGACAUUUGGAGAAGUAAAGCUCCCAAACUGAAGAUGAUUCAACCUUAUGACAUAUUGCUUUCAGAUCCCCACGUUUCAGCAUCAGGAAUAAUUGGUGCUGCUUUGACUGCGAGUUUUGGGGAAAAUUCUGUCAGAUUAUAUAGAGAUACUGAAGAGAUUAAAUACUUAUCAUUUCAUAAUCCAACUCUAAAAUCUGCUCUUCUAGGGGAUAUAUUUGCAUCCCUCUCAUUUACAGCCCAGCAUGGGAAGUUCCAGCGGCUAUUUUCUGAUCUUACAAGAUUUCAUCUCCGCCUUGAUUUUCCUUCUGGUUCUAAAUUUCUUUCAGGUGCCGCACAAUUAGCUCAAGAUUUUUUUAUUUCGCAACAGCCUACUUCAGAAACGGUUAAAAUGAUCCGCCCUGCUACCACCCUUUCCCUUCAGCAGCAGAUUGCUGGACCUUUCAGUUUUAGAGUUGACUCGGGAGUUGUGAUCGAUUUCAAGAACAAUGGUUGGCACAUACAUGCUGAUGAACCAGUGUUUGCCAUUGAAUAUGCAUUGCAGGUCCUUGGUUCGGCAAAGGCUGUUGCUUGGUAUUCCCCAAAGCAUCAAGAAUUCAUGGUAGAGCUUCGUUUUUUCGAGACAUAAACCUUGUGCCCUUGGGUGGGUAUGUUUAGAAACUCCAUUAUUGGAUCUUAUAGUUCCUUUGUUCAUUUGAAGGAUUUUUCUCACAUUUUCAGGUGUCGUACUUUGGAUGGUUAUUAAGGGUCCAUUUGGGAUUAAUUUUAUUUCGUGUUUUAUGUUUUUGUUUUCAAAAUAUUGCAACAUAAAACAUAAAUUGUGUUUGAUAGGAUGUUAUUUCAAAUUGUAAAAACUGGCAACAAAAAAUUGAAAAUGGUAGGAAACAACCUACAAUUUCCAGAACAUUCUGGAACAUGUUACCAGGAAAACACGGAGAAAGAAUAGAGAUUUAGACUCGUCAAGCAUGUUUCAUGUUUUUAGUUUUUGAAAUUAUGGAAUAAUAUAAUUUAACUAAUUAUGUUUUUUGUUUUC